UUAAAAGAACCACCCCUGCUCAGUGUUUGCAGAGCUAAGAGGAAGUUGAGAAAGUGGGUGUCAAGUCACGAGCAGCACUUCACAGUAUGACCCUGUUGACAGUUUUCUGCUUGCUGGCCUGGUUCCCGCUACAGCAAGAGGCAUUUCUCACCAGCCGCACUGAGACGUUCACCAUAGUGGAGGGGCGGACACUCACUCUGAAGUGUGCCAUCCCUCAGGCUGACAAAUCAUCCCUGCAGUGGAUGGCCCCAUCAGGAUUCACCAUUUUCUUCAACCAGCAAAAGGUUUUAAAAGAUUGCAAAUACAAGCUCGUCAACCACUCCAAGGACCAUCUCUCCAUCUCAGUGUCCAACAUAACUGUCCAAGACGAAGGUGUGUACCAGUGUUUGUAUUACACCAAACCAGUGAGGACCAAGAAAGUGACUGUCAUUGUGAUUGCCCCACCUUCCAAGCCAACGUUGGAAGCAUUAGCAAUCAGAACAGCCGAUAGAGAAGAGGUGCUACUGAAAUGUUUCACCACCAGAAGCAAGCCCUCUCCUCAGAUAACAUGGCUCUUGGACAACGGGUUGGAAGUCUUCGGUGAAACCCAACACACAUUUGAACAUAAUGGUAAGAGGUGCAAUACCACGAGCACGCUCACGGUCCUGACAUAUGGAAAAAGCUCCGUCAUCAGCUGCAUUGUCCGACACAAAGCUCUGCAAGGUGGAAAUCUGACCACAUCCUUCAGGUUUGAAGAUCUCGGGACCACUGGAGCACCUUCAACCACAGCAGUGCCCACAACCCCAGCAAAUACCCAAUCCUUCACUUCACAUUCAACCCUCAACUCCACACCACCAACCCCACCAGACUACAGGAGUGAGAGUCCCUGGAGAAGCUCAACUCCUGAAAUGAAAACUCAGCAGAGUGACCUCCAGAAUAACACAACUCCAGUAACAGAGGAAUUCAAUCACCCAGGAAUAGUCACAAUAAGCAUUGAAUCAACAACUCAGAAAUAUAACCUCACCAACGAAACCAAUCCCAUUCCUGAAGGGAUCAUGAAAAAGAGUAGCGGCAUUCUGCUUCUCACCCUUGUGUCUUUCCUCGUUCUGAUCCUCUUCAUCAUUGUCCAGCUCUUUAUCAUGAAGCUAAGGAAAGCACAUGUGAUUUGGAAGAAAGAAAAUGAAAUUUCUGAACAGACCCUGGAAAGUUACAAGUCAAGGUCAAAUAACGAAGAUACACCACACCAGGAGAAGUAUGGCCAAAUUUCCAGUCACAAGGCUGGCACAAACUACGUUACAACUGUCAAUACUGAAACAGAGAGCAAGAAGCCAACAGAAAAUAUCCAAGCUAUUCAUCAUUCCCAUUGCCAGGAUUCAUCAGCUGAAAAGGGACUGCAUCACAUCCCAGAAACAACUGUAUAGUGUUUGGGGCAAAGUGUUAAUGGCAAGUAUAUAGCAUGUUUGUGGCAGCUGAGGGGAUCAUGUGUAACUUCAAAAAAGAAAUCGGCCAUAGUAUUUCAGACAAAGAACCAAAUGGCUCAUUUCUACCCCCAGUUUGGGCACGCUGUGGUUUGUGAUAACAGAGUGAUACACUAACAUCUGAACCCCACUGCCAGCCUAAAUCCACAACAAUUCAAGAUGGCUUCCUCCUUGGCUCAUCCAUUCUCAGAUUCAAAAUGGCAGACUCAGCUCACAUGAGCAAUUUCCAGGCCAUGAAAUCCUAGAUUCACAGAGCUGGAAGGAACUGAAAGAGAAUGUCUAUUUGGACCUCUUACCUCCAGGCAGAUGGAUGCCUACACCGAUCUGAAGAGUUAAAUGUCUAAUCUUUGUAAAAUAUCUCCAGGGAUGGAAGGUCCUCAACUUCCCUCAUUAGCCUAAUCCAUGAAGGCCCUGAUACUCAAGAAUGGUCACUUUAAUUCAAGGACUUUAAGAAGUGGGGUAAACUAGGUUUGUAUUAAGAUGAAAUCUCAGGCAGAAAUGUGUUGCCAAUUCAAUUCUGAUCAACAGUCUCUGUGGCAUGGGAAAGAAGGUCCCAUUUGGCAUUGAGAACAGUUUUUACCCAUGUAUCUAGCCAAACCAAGUCCUUCCAUCUUAGUUUGUAUUCUGCUCUUGACUGCUGUUGUCCUUCCUUAUUUAAUGUAGUCCAAGUAUUUUUGAAUGCUCUUGGGUGCAAUGGAACCACGAAGCCAAAAUGACUUUAUGGACAGAGAUCCCCUUGUUUGGGGAAUUCCUUCAGUGCAAUGCAUGGUGCUAAGUAGUUGGGAAAGGACAAAAAAAGAAGAAAGAGACAUGUACCUGCCUCAGACGAGUUUACAUUUUAAUGUGGUAGACAGAUAAAAGUCUUUACAGACAGGAUGAUCAGAAUAAAAAAAUGACUGUAAAA